AGUUCCCCCACCCUCCCGGGAGGAGCCGUGGGCUCUGGACUCUCCAAAUUCUGAGCUCUCAUCAUGGCGGCGGCGGCCGCGGCGGCCGUCGGGGGGCCGCAGCCGGCCCAGUCGGAGGUGCCCGAGCAGGGGCCGGCCCUAGACAAGGCGGCCACGGCCGCGCAUCUGAAGGCCGCUCUCAGCCGGCCGGACAACCGUGCAGGCGCCGAGGAGCUGCAGGCGCUGCUGGAGCGGGUGCUGAACGCAGAGCGGCCGCUGGCGGGGGCUGCGGGCGGCGAGGAGGCGGCGGGCGGCGGCGGCCCCGGCGCGGCCGAGGAGGAUGCCCUGGAGUGGUGUAAGUGCCUUCUGGCCGGCGGCGGCGGCUACGAUGAGUUCUGCGCGGCCGUGCGGGCCUACGACCCCGCGGCGCUCUGCGGCCUGGUCUGGACAGCCAACUUCGUGGCCUACCGCUGCCGGACGUGCGGCAUCUCCCCUUGCAUGUCGCUGUGCGCCGAGUGCUUCCACCAGGGCGACCACACCGGACACGACUUCAACAUGUUCCGCAGCCAGGCCGGGGGCGCUUGCGAUUGCGGGGACAGCAACGUAAUGCGGGAGAGUGGGUUUUGCAGAAGACAUCAGAUUAAAUCAAGUUCAAAUAUUCCCUGUGUCCCCAAAGACUUAUUGAUGAUGUCUGAAUUUGUUCUUCCAAGAUUUAUUUUUUGUCUUAUUCAGUACUUAAGAGAAGGCUAUAAUGAACCAGCAGCUGAUGUGCCAUCAGAAAAAGAUCUUAACAAAGUCCUGCAGCUUUUGGAGCCUCAAAUUUCCUUUUUAGAAGACCUGACUAAAAUGGGAGGAGCAAUGAGGUCUGUUCUUACUCAGGUGUUAACAAACCAGCAAAACUACAAAGAUCUGACUUCUGGUCUUGGAGAAAAUGCUUGUGCAAAGAAAAGUCAUGAGAAGUACCUUAUAGCUUUGAAGAGCUCUGGACUCACAUAUCCUGAGGAUAAGCUUGUAUAUGGUAUGCAGGAGCCAUCUGCUGGUACUAGCACUCUGUUAGUUCAAGGUCUCGCAGGUGCUCCGGGAGCACUGGGACAGGUUGAGUCUUCAGAUGAGGAGGACCAGGAUGGGAGUCAAGGCUUGGGCAAGAGAAAGAGAGUAAAGCUAAGCAGUGGAACCAAAGAUCAAUCCAUAAUGGAUGUUUUGAAACAUAAAAGUUUUUUAGAAGAACUAUUGUUUUGGACAAUAAAGUAUGAGUUCCCUCAGAAGAUGGUAACUUUCUUACUCAAUAUGCUUCCAGAUCAAGAGUAUAAGGUUGCUUUCACAAAGACUUUUGUUCAGCAUUAUGCUUUUAUUAUGAAAACACUGAAGAAAAGUCAUGAAUCAGACACAAUGUCUAACAGAAUUGUGCAUAUUAGUGUCCAGUUGUUCAGCAAUGAGGAGCUCGCCAGGCAGGUGACAGAAGAGUGUCAGCUCCUGGAUAUUAUGGUCACUGUGCUGUUAUACAUGAUGGAAAGUUGCCUUAUUAAAAGUGAACUGCAAGAUGAAGAAAAUAGUUUACAUGUUGUGGUGAACUGUGGAGAAGCCUUACUGAAGAAUAAUACGUACUGGCCUCUUGUUAGUGAUUUUAUUAAUAUUCUUUCUCAUCAAAGUGUGGCCAAGAGGUUUUUGGAGGAUCAUGGCCUGUUAGUUACAUGGAUGAACUUUGUUUCUUUCUUUCAAGGUAUGAACUUGAACAAGCGAGAACUCAAUGAGCAUGUGGAGUUUGAGUCUCAGACAUACUAUGCUGCAUUUGCUGCUGAGCUUGAAGCCUGUGCACAGCCGAUGUGGGGACUUUUAUCACAUUGUAAAGUUAGGGAAACUCAAGAGUAUACCCGAAAUGUUGUAAGGUACUGCCUUGAAGCACUUCAGGAUUGGUUUGAUGCUAUUAACUUUGUAGAUGAGCCAGCACCUAACCAGGUCACCUUUCACCUGCCCCUGCAUCGUUAUUAUGCAAUGUUUUUAAGUAAGGCUGUGAAAUGUCAGGAACUAGAUUUGGAUUCCCUUUUGCCGGAUCAGGAGAUGUUAAUGAAACUAAUGAUUCAUCCCCUCCAGAUUCAAGCUAGUCUUGCUGAAAUUCAUAGCAACAUGUGGGUACGAAAUGGUCUGCAAAUCAAAGGACAAGCCAUGACCUAUGUCCAGUCUCAUUUCUGCAAUUCCAUGAUUGAUCCAGACAUUUAUUUAUUACAGGUCUGUGCUUCUAGACUUGAUCCAGAUUACUUUAUAUCAUCUGUCUUUGAAAGAUUUAAGGUGGUGGACUUGCUGACCAUGGCUUCCCAGCACCACAAUACCGUACUUGAUGUGGAGCAUGAGCGGUCAAUGCUGGAGGGUGCACUCACCUUCCUUGUGAUUCUUCUGAGUCUUCGCUUACACUUAGGAAUGUCUGAUGACGAGAUUCUCAGGGCAGAGAUGGUGGCCCAGCUGUGUAUGAAUGACAGGACACAUAGCUCUUUGCUUGACCUCAUCCCAGAAAAUCCCAACCCCAAAAGUGGCAUUGUUCCUGGAAGUUACAGCUUUGAAUCAGUUUUAUCUACUGUAGCUGAUUUUAAGGCUCCUGUUUUUGAACCUGGAGGCUCUAUGCAACAAGGCAUGUAUACUCCUAAAGCUGAAGUCUGGGAUCAGGAAUUUGACCCCGUCAUGGUCAUUCUUCGGACAGUUUACCGCCGGGAUGUGCAAUCUGCCAUGGACAGAUAUACAGCCUUCCCCAAAGACUUCAAAACUAUCUCCACAAUUGUUUUCAUCUCUUCAACUGCAAUAUAUAAUGUGAAAAAGUUAAUUAUGAGGUGUUUUCUUCUUUUUUUCAAGAUUCUAAUGGAUCAUCAAAAUCUGUCGGAACAUGUACUGUGCAUGGUGUUGUAUCUGAUUGAAUUAGGUUUGGAAAACUCUGCUGAGGAUGAUUCUGAGGAAGAGGUAUCAAUGGGUGGACCAGAACGUUGUCAUGACAGUUGGUUCCCUGGAAGUAACUUGGUAUCAAAUAUGCGACACUUUAUAAAUUAUGUCAGAGUGCGAGUCCCAGUGACUGCUCCUGAGUUGAAAAGGGACUCACUUGCCGGCACGAGCUCUGAUGAUCUGGGCUCUUUACAAAAUUCCGGUACAGCUCAAGUUUUCAGUUUAGUAGCAGAGCGCAGAAAGAAAUUUCAGGAGAUCAUCAAUAGAAGCAGCAGUGAAGCAAAUCAGGUGAUCCGGCCACCCUACACUCCAAAGAAAUGGUCAGCUCCUGGUUCCUCUCCCCCGUUAACCACAGCCAUUUUGGAAAUUAAGGAAAGCAUAUUGUCUUUGCUAAUCAAACUUCACCACAAACUCUCAGGAAAGCAAAACUCUUACUAUCCUCCAUGGCUUGAUGACAUAGAAGUUUUAAUACAACCAGAAAUUCCUAAAUACAAUCAUGGGGAUGGUAUAACUGCAGUAGAAAGAAUUUUGCUAAAAUCUGCAAUGCAAAGCAGAAUGAACAAACGCAUCAUUGAAGAGAUAUGCAGAAAAGUAACUCCUCCUGUGCCACCCAAAAAAAUCACUACAGCAGAGAAGAAGACUCUGGACAAGGAGGAAAGGCGACAAAAGGCUAGAGAAAGGCAGCAGAAAUUGCUCGCAGAGUUUGCCUCACGACAGAAAAGCUUUAUGGAAACUGCAAUGGAUGUUGAUUCUCCUGAGAACGAGAUUCCUAUGGAAAUUGCCGCAGCAGAGCCACAAGUGUCUGAGGCUGUGUACGACUGUGUUAUCUGUGGACAGAGUGGGCCUUCUUCUGAGGACAGACCUGCAGGACUGGUUGUACUGUUGCAAGCAUCAUCAGUUUUAGGGCAGUGCCGGGACAAUGCUGAACCAAAAAAGCUGCCUAUCACUGAGGAGGAACAGAUUUACCCAUGGGACACAUGUGCAGCAGUUCAUGACGUGAGACUUUCCUUAUUGCAGCGUUAUUUUAAAGAUAGUUCUUGCCUUUUGGCAGUAUCAAUUGGCUGGGAAGGAGGUGUUUAUGUACAAACUUGUGGCCACACGUUACACAUAGAUUGUCAUAAAUCUUAUAUGGAAUCAUUACGGAAUGACCAGGUUCUUCAGGGCUUCUCAGUGGACAAAGGAGAAUUCACAUGUCCCCUCUGUAGACAGUUUGCUAACAGUGUUCUUCCAUGUUAUCCUGGAAGCAAUGUGGAAAGUAACCUUUGGCAACGUCCUAGUAACAAAAGCACACAAGAUCUCAUAAAGGAAGUGGAGGAGCUGCAGGGACGACCGGGAGCUUUCCCAUCAGAAACCAACCUAAGUAAAGAAAUGGAAUCUGUAAUGAAAGAUAUUAAAAAUACCACUCAGAAGAAAUACAGAGACUAUAGCAAGACCCCAGGCUCACCAGACAAUGAUUUUCUCUUUAUGUACUCUGUUGCUAGAACCAAUUUGGAACUGGAAUUGAUUCAUCGAGGAGGCAGCCUUUGCUCAGGUGGUGCAAGCACAGCUGGUAAAAGAUCUUGUUUGAAUCAGCUGUUCCAUGUAUUAGCCUUGCACAUGCGGCUUUAUACCAUUGAUUCUGAGUAUAAUCCCUGGAAAAAACUCACCCAGUUAGUAGAAGAUAUGAAUUCACAACUGGGGAAUGAAGAACAGCAGCCUGAAGUUCCAAUCCUUUAUCAUGAUGUGACAUCCCUUCUGCUCAUCCAGAUCUUAAUGAUGCCACAGCCCUUGCGCAAAGAGCACUUCAGCUGCAUUGUGAAGGUGCUCUUCCCGCUGCUCUACACACAGGCUCUGGCAGCACUCUCAGUGAAGGGCAGUGAAGAGGACCGGUCUGCCUGGAGACACGCUGGAGCUCUUAGGAAGAAUACGUGUGAUGCAGAAAAGUCUUGUGAAGUGCUGCUGAGCUUUGUUAUAAGCGAACUGUCUAAAGGGAAAUUAUAUUGUGAAGAAGGAACCCAGGAGUGCGCAACGGUUAGUCCUAUUACUUGGUCUCCCGAGUCCAUGGAAAAAUACAUCCAGGCCUUCUGUUUACCCUUCCUCAGGAUCAGCAGCCUUCUUCAGCACCACCUCUUCGGGGAAGAUCUACCAAGUUGCCAGGAAGAAGAAGAAUUUUCAGUUCUUGCCAGCUGCCUGGGACUUCUGCCAGCUUUUUACCAAACAGAUCACCCAUUCCUCAGUGCCUCAUGUCUGGACUGGCCAUUCACAGCAUUGGACAUUAUCACUCAGUGGUGUUCGGAGAUCAGAUCGUUCACGGAGAGGCAUGCAGAGCAAGGGAAGGCUUUGCUUAUCCAAGAAUCAAGAUGGAAAUUACCACACCUGUUACAGUUGCCUGAGAAUUAUAACACCAUCUUUCAGUACUACCACAGAAAAACCUGCAGUGUCUGCACCAAGGUUCCCAAGGACCCAGCUGUUUGCCUUGUCUGUGGCACUUUUGUGUGCCUGAAGGGACUGUGUUGCAAGCAGCAGAGCUACUGCGAGUGUGUGCUGCAUUCUCAGAAUUGUGGAGCCGGAACCGGAAUUUUCCUUUUAAUCAAUGCAUCAGUGAUUAUCAUCAUCCGAGGCCAUCGCUUCUGCCUCUGGGGUUCCGUCUAUCUGGAUGCUCAUGGAGAAGAGGACCGUGACCUUAGGCGAGGCAAGCCUCUCUACAUCUGUGAGGAGCGGUACCGAGUGCUUGAGCAGCAGUGGAUCGCACACACUUUUGAUCACAUCAAUAAAAGAUGGGGUCCUCACUACAACGGACUGUGACCCCCACCUCAGCACCGCAUAUGUUACCAUCCUCAUUGAUACUGAUUUAUCAAUAAUAAGCUUUAAUUUAAUUUGGGGGAAUUGAUGUCUUUGCUGAGGGAUUAAAAAGAAAACAUUAUGAAGCCUUUUCAAAAUUAGGUGCUUGGUAACCACAUUAAUGGUAUAAUAAUUUUUCUCAAGUAUUUGGACAACAAAUAAGUUAAAUCAUUCUUUAGUGGUCAUUUUUUUUAAGUGCACAAUUAAUAAAAAGCACAACUUGUCCACAAAAAUCAUUCAGAAACGAUUUUCCCUAAAUGCCCUGACCGGCUGUUCACUGAUAGAGUGGAUGUGAUUUCUUUGAAGUUUACUGCUCUUUCCGUGUUUUCAUUUGCAUCUGCUAAACAUAAUGCAUCUUUUCCUUUGUCACCCUUGUAUUGAUCUGAGGUUUUUGCUGUAUGUAAUUAGAAAAUGUAAAACAUGAUUUAUGUGAAAUAUUGUAUAGUAAAAAUUGGUCUAAUAGUAGAACUUUAAAAUUUUUUCUUAUUGUGAGGAAUCUGUUAAAAGUUUAAGGCUUUGCUGAAAACUUAAUUCAUUCUCAGGAAUUUCAUAAACGCUUUCCCCUGGUAAAUAAUUGAACUAGCUGUAAAAUAGAUAGCUGCUGUCCUUGUAGUGAGUGCUGUGCGCUGGGGUGGCGCCGAGCUUGUGUGUGCUUGGGGACUGAGGGUCUAGCUCAGUGAUAGACUGCUUAGCUAACAUUCACAGAACCUGAGUUUCAGCUUAAGCACCACACACACUCAAAAAUCAAUUUGCCAUUUCAGUGGAAUGAACUAUUAAAGUUGUUAGUGACAAAUAGAUUUUACAAUAAAAUCGAAAGGGUUAAGAACGUAUACAUGGCAGAGUUUUCAUUCUGUGCAUGCUCACCUUCAUCACCAACCAAGCUUGUGUUUCUGUGAUCAGAUUGAAAAUGCUCCCUCACCCCAACAGAUGAACUUUAAUUUUUGGAACUUUCCUACCGACUGAAGCACUCAUCUGUAUUAUGUUCAUGCAAUAUAAUCUCUGCGAUUUCUGUGUGGUUUCCUACAGGGAGAAGGCUCAGAGGUGCUGGUCCUUGUGAAUGAGUCAUGCCUCUGCUUUCAGAAACUGCUGUGAAGAUCAGCUUAUGUAGUAGGGGUUUUUAGUUCAGAAGGGGAAUGGUUGAGCUAAAAUACACUCAGUAAGAGGGAAGGAAAAUGACAGAAAAGCAUGUUUUAUUGGUUCCAAGAUUUUUUUUAUAGGCGAUUUAAUAAUUUGAUGAUUAUUUCACAUAUGUAGUACUAUCAAGCAAUUCCUGGUACUUUGGAUUUCCAUGGCUUGUUAUAUGAAAUUACAUUUUUACUUGUAAAAGUAAAAUGGUGGUGGCACACACCUUUAAUCCCAGCUUUUGGGAAGCAGAAGCGGGUAGAUCUCCGUGAGUUCGAGACCAGCCUGUUUUACAAAGCAAGUUCCAGGAUAGCCAGGACUAUUACACAGAGAAACCCUGUCUCAAUAAAUUACAUCAAAUGAGAAAAUAAAAAAGUAACAUCAGGCCCACGUUCUAAACUUGUGGAAUGACAUGCAUGGAGUGACGGAUGGCGUUGCGUCAGAGUGAGGGAACAGUGUGUACACACAGAAGAGGUCACUGAGCGCCUUCUGUGUGGAAAUGGCUUGCUGUGCUUCUAUCCAUUUCCAGUACUGAGAUACCAUAGACUAGAGUGGUUUGCCCAGCGAGCCACUGUCCUCCAGCACCAGCUCUUUCAGACAAUCCUGUGCUGUAAAAGUUCAGCCUGUUCCCUUUUUUGCAUUGGUCAUUAUGAAUACCAGACCAUUCGUAAGUGUGGUUGAGGAGAAAAAUGCUGACUGCUUCUCUAGUAAAUACUCUUACAGGUCUCAUGAACUUGAAUAAUUGUACAGUUUGGAACUCUGAUGCUCUAUAUACAUGGCAUACUGUAUUCAGACUUUGGUCACUACAUAUUCAAAUGGAAUGUCUAUGGUUGUGCAUAUGGAUGUGAAGUGAAAAUAUUAGCCUUAACUUUAAAAUUUGGAUAUUUGAUAGUGUUUAUUUUGAUAUUGGUGAAUUAGUCACCAGUAAAUUUUAAAAAAAGCACUUGGUUGAAAAUUGUACUUGAAUCCAUACGUGCAUGCUGCUAAAUUAGAACUCCCAUUUCCCCUAGCUUUUAUAAGUCCCAUUUAUAAACCCACUUUCAAAAAUAACAGGUCCAAUUUAGAGUGAUGUGUGUAUAUUCAAAACCAUGUACUGGUGUGAUCUUGUGUGAAUGAUCAUUUAAAUACAGUACAUUACUGUAGAAGCGAAGUCAACCUUUAUAACUAAGCAGAAAUGACAAAACUAGGAAUAAGUGGCGUUGUAAGAUAUGUUAAUAAAACCUACUGUCAUUUGCUUUGUGCAAGAUCCUUAA